CCGAGUGUGGACCACAAGGACGCGCACUGAAAACUACAAUAGAUACAGACAGCAGUGCUGGUGAUUAUCCGGGGGGGAAGGUUUGUAAAUCUUACGAUACUGUACUGGGUUUAGCUUUUAACAAUAAGUCUACAAUGAGCUCAACAGCUGUCUUCAUCCCAAUGAAAAUCAAGAUGGUCUCAGAGAACGUAAAACUUUUUCUCUCGGAAUUUGGACAUUUUAUCUUUGUGAUCGUUUGAAGUCAUCUUCUUUUUAUUAUUAGCCCCAGAGGUUCGUAACGAUGAACUCGUGGAUUCUUGCGUGCGGUUUCAGACCCAGGACGACAAGCCUGCCAGUGCAGGCGCUGCAGGGGACGAGGUGUCUGGGCGCUGGACAGAGUGCGACUUUGGAGAGGACUCGGGGAUUGUCCCGGUUCGCAGGCCACAGGAGCAGAAGGCUAAGCGAUGCGAAAAGCUGUUUCCUUUUGAAGGCAAUAAGACAUAGGCUCAUGGCCCCCGUGGACCCACCGCCCUCAAGACGCUUCAAUAGACCGAGCGCUUCUGUUGCAUCCAGCAAAAGUUCCUUCACCUCGCCGACAGCUCCGGGGAGAAAUCCCCUCGCCUCCUCAGGCGGGUUUCACAGUUACAGCACUUCUCCUCCGAGGGAAGAAGCGAGUGAGCACGGCUUGGACAGCGAGGGAAAAGGGCACAAGUCCAGCCGGUAUCUGUUUGAAGACGCAAAAAGGCUUCUUCAGCUGGCUCACCCAGAACGCUGGCGUUUGACAGCGGCCCUGGGCUUCCUGGUGAUUUCCAGCACGGUGACCAUGUCGGCUCCCUUCUUCCUGGGCAGAGUGGUUGACACCAUCAAUUCCAGUCCUGCUCAGGAGCUGGGCGCGUCUCUGACGGGUCUGUGCGCCGUGCUCUCAGGCGUGUUCCUCUGCGGCGCCGCGGCCAACACCGCCCGCCUCUACCUCAUCAACCGCGCAGGGCAACAGAUAGUGCGAAACCUACGAGGAUCCCUUUUUAACUCCAUCCUGAGGCAGGAGGUGGGCUUCUUCGACAAGACGCGCACCGGCGAGCUCAUCAACCGGCUCUCCGCGGACACUGUGGUCAUCGGGCACUCGAUCACAGACAACCUCUCGGACGGGCUCCGCGCUGUGGCUCAGGCCACAGCUGGUGUGGGCAUGAUGUUCUAUAUGUCACCGAAACUGGCAGCGUUUGUCUUAAUGAUUGUGCCACCGCUGGCUGUCCUGGCUGUGGUCUAUGGGCGGUACCUGCGUUCUCUGUCCAAGCGCACACAGGACGCACUGGCUGACUCCACUCAGCUGGCUGAAGAGCGGAUUGGCAAUGUCAGAACAGUGCGUGCGUUUGGGAAAGAGUCGAUGGAGGUGGAGAAAUAUGUGAAGAAAGUGGACUACGUCCUCCAACUGGCCAAGAGGGAGGCGUUGCUUGAAGCUGGCUUCUUUGGAACAGUAGGCCUGAGCAUGAAUCUUUCCAUGCUUGCUGUGCUCUACAAGGGCGGGUUGCUGAUGGGCAGUGAGGACAUGACCAUUGGACAGAUCUCGUCCUUCCUUCUGUACACCUUCUGGGUUGGUGUGAGCAUCUCGGGUUUUAGCUCCUUUUACUCUGGCUUGAUGAAGGGGUUUGGAGCUGGGGUGCGACUGUGGGAGCUGUUGGACAGGAAGCCUGAGUUUCCUCUCAAUGAAGGGGUCGCGCUGAGGCCGGAGCAGCUGAAGGGGGAGCUGGAGUUCCGCGACGUGACGUUCUCGUACCCGACCCGCCAGGACGCGCCCGUCUUCCGCGCAUGCAGCUAA